AUGUUUGUUGUCGUUGCAUUGUCAAAACGUCUACAACGAGGUAGUAAAUGUUUUGACGAUGAUGACGCCGGAGACGUGGACGAUAUCGGUGGUGUCGGUGGUGUCGGUGGUCUUGUCGGCGUCAGUGGUGUUGGUGGUCUUGGCGGUCUUGUCGGUCUUGUCGGCGUCAGUGGUGUUGGUGGUCUUGGCGGUCUUAGUGGUCUUGGCGAUGUCGGUGGUGUUGGCGUUUUUUUGUUGUAA